GAAACUUAUCCGAAACAUUAAUAUAGUACAUCUGCCCAUCAAAUAAUAAAAACUACUCCUAAACCACUAAUGAUUAUUCAACCUACUACCCAGAAAUCAGAAUCCCAGAUAAAUAAGGAAGAGGAAACCAUGAAAGAUCUUUGACUUGUUAGUAACAGCAUCUAACACGCCCAAUUUCAAUCCAAAAAGAUUCACAAUUUUACUACAGACACCAAACAACAAUUUUUUCUUCAACCACCCACAUCCUAGUGCAAAUAAUUUAAUAGAAAAAACUCAAAUUUUUUGUUCUUUUUCAAGUCUCUUUCCUUAUUUGUCUUCUAUUUGCUUGCCCUUAUUCUUCACUCUAUUUUUAUUCCAUGGCUCCAAUUUUUUUUGGUGGGAUUUUAACAAAAUUCAAUCUUUUCCACUUCAAUAAUUUCUUCAAUUUUUUUGUGGGAUUUUAACAAAAUUCAAUCUUUCCCACUUCAAUAAUUUCUUUAAAUUUUUUGUGGGAUUUUAACAAAAUUCAAUCUUUUCCCAGUUCAAUAAUUUAUUUAAAUUUUUCUGGGUAUUUUUUGGCUCUGAAAUUCUCGGAAAAGUGUGAUGUCUUCCCAAUUAAAUGGAGGAGAUGAAGAAUCACUAAUUGAACCGCUUAUUACUUCCUCUAGCCGUCAAUUAUCUCUGCUUAGCAACACAACAUCUCAGCUUGCUCUUGUUGGUGUCAACAUUUGCCCUGUUGAAAGUCUUGAUUAUGAAAUUAUUGAGAAUGAGUUUUUUAAGCAAGACUGGAGAAGUAGAAAGAAGAUGGAGAUUUACCAGUACAUUUGUAUGAAAUGGGCAUUGUGUUUUUUAUUAGGUUUGUUAGUUAGUUUGGUUGGAUUCUUCAAUAAUCUUGGUGUUGAAAACAUAGCUGGCAAAAAAUUUGUUAUCACUUCCAAUAUGAUGCUGUAUAACAGGCAUUUGUCAGCAUUUUUGGUCUUUACAGCUUUUAAUCUUGGGUUGACACUAUUUGCAUCACUGUUUACGGCACUUGUAUCGCCGGCGGCUGCUGGGUCAGGUAUACCAGAAGUUAAGGCUUACCUGAAUGGUGUGGAUGCACCUGACAUAUUUUCACUGAGGACUUUGGUUGUUAAGAUUAUUGGCAGCAUUGCUGCCGUUUCUUCUUCCCUUAUGAUUGGCAAAGCAGGCCCAAUGGUGCACUCUGCCUCAUGUAUUGCUGCGUUGCUCGGUCAGGGUGGAUCAAAGAAGUAUGGUCUGACAUGGAAAUGGCUACACUUUUUCAAAAACGAUCGAGAUCGGAGAGAUCUUGUAACAUGUGGAACUGCUGCUGGAAUUGCUGCUGCUUUCCGUGCUCCUGUUGGUGGUGUAUUAUUUGCGUUGGAAGAAAUGGCUUCUUGGUGGAGAAGUGCACUCGUGUGGAGAUCAUUCUUUUGUACAGCAGUAGUUGCUAUCAUGCUUCGAGGUUUCAUGGAUCUCUGUUACAGUGGCAAGUGUGGACUCUUUGGUACAGGCGGAUUGAUAAUGUUUAAUGUCACUAAAGAGAACUUCAUAUAUCACCUCAGUGAUGUGCCCACUGUGCUGCUUCUAGGAUUCAUAGGGGGCAUAUUGGGAGCCUUGUACAAUUUUGUUCUAGAAAAGGUUCUUCGACUCUACGGUUUUAUUAAUGAGAAAGGCCUUGUUUGUCAGAUAGUUCUUGCUUGCUCAGUCUCUAUAUUCACCUCCUGUCUUCUGUUUGGGCUUCCAUGGUUUGCACCAUGCCAACCUUGUCCCGCUGAUGCUUCUGAGGCUUGUCCUACUAUAGGCCGAUCUGGUAACUACAAGAAGUUCCAAUGUUCCCCGGGACACUACAAUGAUCUUGCUAGUUUGAUUUUCAACACAAAUGAUGACGCGAUCCGAAACCUUUUUAGUCAUAGCACCGAUUCUGAAUUUCAUGGCUCAUCCAUGCUUAUAUAUUUUGUAACUUGCUUUUUCCUAAGCAUUUUUAGUUAUGCGAUCGUGCUCCCUUCUGGUCUCUUUGUACCUGUUAUCGUGACGGGUGCUUCAUAUGGUCGUUAUGUUGGGAUGGUAAUUGGCUCAAAGUCAAGUCUGAAUCAUGGUCUUUUUGCAGUGCUUGGUGCUGCUUCUUUUCUUGGCGGAUCGAUGAGAAUGACGGUUUCGUUGUGUGUUAUCCUACUUGAACUUACCAAUAACUUGUUACUACUGCCACUCGUAAUGUUAGUUCUGCUUGUCUCGAAGACCGUGGCAGAUGGUUUUAAUGCCAAUAUAUACGACAUCAUGAUGAAGCUGAAGGGCUUCCCCUACCUGGAAUCCCACACUGAGCCAUAUAUGAGACAACUGACUGUAGCUGAUGUAGUUACUGGUCCACUUCAAUAUUUUCACGGGAUUGAAAAAGUGGAAAAUAUAGUUGAGACUCUCAAAAGCUCGGGACACAAUGGGUUUCCUGUAAUUGAUGAGCCAGGAGAUUCUGCAGCUCCUGUUUUAUUCGGUUUAAUCCUUCGUGCUCAUCUUAUUGUGUUGCUGAAGAAGAAAGCUUUCUUUCUUACACCAGUAUCAGCUGGUGCUGAUGUAUUUGAGCAAUUUUCCUCUGUGGAUUUUGCGAAGAGUGGUUCUGCCACCGUUGAUGACAUUGAAGAUAUUGAAUUGACAGAUGAAGAAUUGAAGAUGUUUGUCGAUCUUCACCCGUUUACAAAUGCUUCGCCGUAUACAAUAGUGGAGACGAUGUCUCUAGCCAAGGCUCGUGUGCUUUUUCGAGAAGUUGGUCUCAGGCACAUGCUAGUGACACCAACAACAAUUGAUAGAUCACCUGUUGUAGGGAUGUUGACAAGACAUGAUUUUAUGCCAGAACACGUAUUAAGUUUGCAUCCUUCGUUGGUGAAGAAGAAAUGGAAAAGGUUAAGAUUCCAGCUUACUGCCUUCACUAAAUUCUUUUAGACAUCGGCCACUCUUUGGAGCUCCUUAUCUGUUCAGAUGUGUAGUUAACGAGCAGCUAGCCCGAGCACAAGUUAUAAUUCUCAGUAAAUGUAAUUCUUUUUCUACUCUUUUCUUCAUGUGGUUGAAGGGAGCUAAGGCUGGAAGUUAAUCAAAAUAAUCCAGCUUAGAUGUGCAUUUGUUAGAAAGGAUGGGGGAAAUUGUUUAAAGUUGUCGACCCCUCAUCGUGUUUUUUCUGUGUUUCUUCUGAAAUAUUGUAAAGGGAAGUUCCAAGCUCUGCUGGAAAAUUUUUAGUGCUAAAAGUUCUCGUACAUUCUUUGGCCUCAUUUUGUGUUGCUCUGAGAAUUUGAUUAUUUGAAUCUUGAUUAAUUUGAUGGCAAUGGAAGGCCACACAGCAUUUGUUCAA